AUGUACACUUCCCCCGCAACGAUCUUAGCCUACGUGGCAAUGCUUCCUCUACUUUCUGCGGCAAAAAUAAUCAUCGGACAUGUCGGCCGGGACAACAUUACAGUUGGGAGCGCAUCCAUGCUCUUGACGGACACGAAUCGCCGGGAUCCUUAUAUCGACGAUGGACGAAGCCGCUCCAUCAUGGUUUCAAGCUUUUAUCCUGUCCUGGAUUGUACGAACAAAACAACCAAACCUUAUAUGCCGCCUCAGACAGCUGCUUUCAUGGAUAAGAAAUUCUCAGUCUACGGCCUCCCCAACGGAACAUUCCCGUCUUUCGAAUUCGAAGCAUGCGAUAUGUCAACAGCCCAAGAUCCAUGUGCUACACCAGCUCUCCCACUCGUGCUCUUCUCUACUGCACUAGGUACCAGCAGGUAUCUGUAUAGCAUUAUGCUGCAGAGCAUCGCAUCUUCAGGAUAUCUAGUUGUUUCUAUCGACCACCCAUACGAUGCCGAUAUCGUCGAGUAUCCUAAUGGAACUAUCAUAACUGGUGUUGAUAUUCCUGACGACAAGGUCAAUCAGACAGUCGUCACCCGUGCAGAUGACAUAUCGUUUGUCCUCAACAGCCUACGCAAAAGCCAUGUUUCUAAGAAACUGUUCCCAGUCCAUACAAUACUUCAAAAAUUCCCUCAGAUGACUGUCCUGGGUCAUUCUCUCGGAGGCGCGGCUGCAGGAGCAGCGGUACUGCAAAUCCCUUCUGCGCGUGGCGGCAUCAAUCUUGAUGGAACCAUGUUUGGUCCAGUCCUCGAUAGGGGCCUUGAUAGGCCCUUCAUGCUAAUCGGUCAUGCCAACAAGACGCAAGAAACAGACCCCUCCUGGAAGACAAUGUGGCCAAAACUGCGAAGCUGGAAGAAGGAAAUUGAGGUCCGCCAAUCGGCGCACUAUUCAUUCUCUGACCUUCCGACACUUAUGACCGCGUUGGGACUUGGAAGCGCGCAGGUGCCGGCCAUAGGUGAUCUGCUAGGUACGAUUGAAGGGAAACGGAUGAUGCAGCUUACAGUUGCUCAUGUCGUUGCUUUUCUGGAUUUCACCCUCAAGUCUCGCGGACAGAGAGGAUUUGCCGAGGUGGCUAGGCGAUUCCCAGAGGCUGUAACUAUCACCUGA